GCAUGCGCGGCAAGUGUACUUCCUGGAUCAACUGAGCCAUAAAGAUAUCUGAAGUGUCUUCUAAUAAAUGUGCCUUGGAAUUAUUAUAUUGCUGAAUUAUCUAACAUAUCACAGCUUCAUGCUUACUUUCCUGCUUAAAGCCAUUUUCUGCGCAGCAUACCUGUCUCCGAUCAACAGCCAUGACUUCAAUAAGCGGGAAAUGUCUCAUUACAGAGACAGAAUAAAGUCCAUGUUUUACCAUGCCUACAACAACUACUUGGAGAAUGCAUAUCCAUAUGAUGAGCUCCGGCCAUUGACAUGCGAUGGACAGGACACAUGGGGCAGUUUUUCACUUACUCUUAUUGAUGCCCUGGAUACCUUGCUGAUACUGGGGAAUCACACAGAGUUUCAACGGGUGGCUGCUCUUCUUCAGGACAAUGUGAAUUUUGACAUUGAUGUAAAUGCCUCAGUGUUUGAGACAAACAUACGAGUGGUCGGUGGUCUACUCUCAGCUCACCUGUUGUCCAAGCAGGCUGGGAUCACUGUAGAGGAGGGCUGGCCAUGCUCCGGUCCUCUGCUCCGCUUGGCUGAGGAUGCAGCACGCAAACUUCUCCCAGCAUUCCACACACCCACUGGUAUGCCCUAUGGCACAGUGAACCUGCUGAGGGGUGUCAACCCCAGUGAGACUCCCAUUACCUGCACAGCUGGUGUGGGCACAUUCAUCCUGGAGUUUUCCACCCUGAGCCAUCUCACUGGAGAUCCUGUGUUUGAAGAUGUGGCCCGAAAGGCUCUCGUUGCCCUCUGGAAAACCCGGUCGGAUAUUGGCCUGGUUGGGAACCACAUUGAUGUCAUUACCUCAAAAUGGGUUGCUCAAGAUGCAGGAAUCGGGGCAGGGAUUGAUUCAUACUUUGAAUACUUAUUAAAGGGUGCGAUCAUGCUGCAAGAUGAGGAACUUCUGAACAUGUUUCAUGAGUUUGAUAAGUCCAUAAAGAACUACACUAAGUUUGAUGACUGGUACUUAUGGGUGCAAAUGCAAAAAGGUAUCGUUUCCAUGCCUAUAUUUCAAUCUCUGGAGGCGUUCUGGCCUGGUCUGCAGAGUCUUGUAGGGGAUAUUGAGAGUGCAACAAGGACCUUCCAUAACUACUGUACAGUGUGGCGUCAGUUUGGUGGCCUUCCAGAGUUCUACAGCAUACCUCAGAGCUAUACUGUGGACAAGCGAGAAGGAUAUCCUCUACGACCAGAGUUGAUUGAGAGUGCAAUGUACUUGUAUAAAGCUACAGGUAAUCCAACAUUUCUGCAGCUAGGCCGGGAUGCAGUAGAGUCCAUAGAGAAGAUGAGCCAUGUCAAAUGCGGAUUUGCAAGUGUAAAGGAUGUAAGAGAUCACAAGCUGGACAACCGGAUGGAGUCAUUCUUCUUGGCUGAAACUAUCAAGUACCUUUACCUGCUGUUUGAUCCAGACAACUUUAUUCACAACACAGGCACAACAUUUGAGCUGGGUGGGGCACAUGGGGACUGUAUUCUGGGGGCAGGGGGUUAUAUCUUUAAUACAGAGGCACAUCCACUUGAUCCGGCUGCUUUGCAUUGCUGCAGCAAGGACCAAGAUGAGCGUUCAGAGCUACAGGACAUCCUUCUGAGCUUAACAGAGUACUAUAAGCCUUCCAUGGACCAAUCAGAGGCUUGGGGAGACAGAAAUUCAGAAAGAUUAAGUCCUAGAGAAAGAAGAAAAGCAUUUCGGCUGUCCUGCCCAAUGCAAAGUUUCAGCGCUCGAUUUGCACUCCUGGGUCAAGUCUUUUCUGACAGCACAUGAGCAGAAAUUGUUCUGAGAUUAAGAUGUAGAAUAUCAUUUUUUAAAAAUAUAUAUAUUCAUUGAAAAUAUGUGGAAACUUCCUACCUUAAAUGUAAAACUGAAAUGUGUGUGGCACCCCGGGAAAACUUGUUGGAAGUCACUGAGGAUGAAUAAAAUUUAUAAAUAAAUAAUAAUUAAAAUGCAUAAGUACAAUAAAGGAAUAAAAUAAU